CCCAGCUCUCACACAUUAUCUCAAGCUUCAGUCUUUCAGAUUUUUGCACAUGUAGCAGGUCCUCUGGCACAAAGUUUGGCCCUUUCUUGCUACAGGUUGUAAAAUAAAAUGCUUAUGGAGCUUUGGGCAAUGCUGUGAAAAAUAUUUACUGUUUCAGUUUCUGAAAUGGUCUGUAAGUUUUGGUUACUUAAGCCAGCAGGGGGUAGGGCUUUUUCACUUCCUGCUCCCCAUGUACUAUUCGUUGGAUGGCAUUUCUAGAGCUGAUAAUUGCAGUUUGCUCGAGGUUUCCUUAAAUUACUGAGUGCCUCACACCUUUUAUGUUCAGGCAUUUUGUUACUCCUUUCUGAAGAAAGUGAAUGUGCAUUGAAUGUGAUACCAGAAGACAGCGUCAGAGUUUGCUUUUACCUAGGCUCUCCCAGGUCUUGUAGCGUUGGUAUCUCUGGAUUGUAUCCUGAAUUUCCAAGUUUGAAGGAUAAAGGCAUUCCUUCCGACAAGACACCCCCUUGACCCAUUACUGUAAGCAUUAUUUUCUGGGAGCAAAGGUUACGCUUAGCAUGGAACAUUGGUCAGCACAGUUAAUUUUCGCUCGCUGUGGCAUUUGGUGUGAGACAAAAUGCAGGAAUACAGCGCGUGUUAUUCUUGCGGGGAGGAGUGUGAAGUACACGAUGAGGCUCGAUGCCCCAGAUAUUGGCACCAACUUACUUUCCUUCUUUCUCAGCCCUGGAGGCAGGAGGGGCAAGCUCGCUCUCAGCGCUUUGCUGUCACAUCACGCCCACUAUUGUGAUUUCUGCUCCAGCGGGCGGUGAGGGGCUGGCGGGGCACAGGGACGUGCUGGCGACUGUUUCCCCCAGAAACGAACUGUCAGACAAGCUGUCCCCACGCCUCGCUGCGCUGUGUCCCGGCCACGGGCCAGCCCCGCGUCCCGGCGGGGCCCAUCCCGGCCCAUCCCGGCCCAUCCCGGCGGGGGCGGAGCCGGGCCGGGGCAGGGCGGCGGUCACGUGGCGGGGUCACGUGGCGGGCGAGCCGGGCCCAGCCGCCGCCGCCGCCGCUCCGGGAGCGGUAGUUUCAUUUUGCCAGGAUUAAAUUUGCCUGUCCAAGGAUUACUGAUUCAUGAGCAACGUCCUGUGUUUUGAAUAGAAAGACAAUUUAUUUUUUUGUGCAUUGCAUCACUGCUUCUGACAACAGACUGGAUUUAUCACCUCGUCAACAGAGUUGGAAGAAUCCAGGGGUUUCAAGUUUUGAGUAGCGGCCGUCUUACAAGCUUACCACACCUAAACUGAAAAGGCAGAUGCAGCUCUGAGUACCCGAUUGGUGUGUGCACUGCAUGUACAUGAAAACGCACAUGUUUUUGUCAUCACGUAGACUUGCUCUGGCAUAUUCCUGAGAGCUUUGCAAUUGAUGAAAAUUAAUUUGAGAGCCAGAUGGAGCACCUUCGCAGCACAGGAAUCAGUAAUCCAUGGAAAGACACCUGCCAGUAAUGUUCAACUUUCCACAUGGUCUUCACGGGUGAAAAAAGUCUGCAAGAAGAGAAAGAAAAAACACCCUCUGUGCGGAAAAAGCUUAAUAAAUACCUCCCCAGUCUAAAUUGAUAGCUGUGAGGGAAACAGACGAAUCAAGAGGGCAGAGGAAACUGAUUUAGUUCUAGCAGAGGAAUAAUGUAUGGUCUUCGGCACAUUUUGCUUUGGGCUCAGUAGAUUGUGAAUGGACAAUAUAAAUCGUGACCUUCUGCUGAGCAAUGAUGACUGGAAGUAAAUAAGUUGAGGAACUAUGGGACAAGUCUGGGCAUUGAACUGAGCAAACCUCGCCAUCCUUCUUGAGUUAACCAGGUCAUCAAACUUGCAUAUCCUUUCUCCCUCUCCUUUUUCCUCUUUUCACUUAGUGUGAUAUAAAUACUAGCUAAUUGAGCUCGUAAAUGUUAUUCAAAUAAAACGAUUGGAAUACUUCAUAUGUUUCCUUCUUGUACAGCUGCAAAUGUUGUGUCUGGAACUAUGAAUCUGUGCGGUAGACAAGCAUCAAGAAGGAAAGAUCCUAUCAAACAAGCAAGGAAAAUAUCUAGAGAAAUAGUGAACCCAGGAAGUCAGAUUUUUAAUGCUGCUUCUCUUUCUUUUUUAGAUGAUUAUAUUUCUUCCUUCCUUGAAUUUUAGAAGAUUUUGAGAGAGUGCUUACUUGAAAGAGUGCUUUAAUUCUGGCAUUUGUUUUUUAUGGUAGAAUGAAAAGUCUGUGAUUCCUUGUAGCAGAAAAAAAGGGACAAGUAAAGGAAAAACAGCUUGACAUUUUAGCCCGUUUCACAGGAAAGAGAACUUCAUGGUUCACCUGAGGCAAAUGUACCUACUUUAAAAGCUAAAAGCUUUAGAGCAUUUUUGAUUCUGCUAUAAAUGAAGAGAGGGUUCUUUUUCAUUCGUGUGUGGCAGCAAAAAGUGGGAAAGCAGGCAAGAUAGCGUGAUAAACAGUUCAGGCUGUGUUGGGUCUCUGGUGGAAAAAAAGUGCUGCGAUGAAAAUUGGAUUGGCUUUGGAUUGCAAAAACUUUUGAGUCCAACGAGCGGUUCAGUACCAAGAGGGAUUUCCCAAUUGGCCUGGCACACCAGUGCCUGCACAAGUUCGGGUCUGUUGUUUCACACGGUUUGUGUGCCUUUUUUUCCCUUUAUGCAAUCUCUUUCAGCUUUAGCAGCAGAAAUACAUCAGAUGGAAAAGAUAUGCCAGAGGGCAGCUUGGAAAAGAGGAAUGUCAUAUAUAUACAUAUAUAUGUAUGUGCGUGUGUUUAAAUUUCUGCAACUGAACUUUUGAAGAAAAUCUGACUGGAGGAAAUUUUAAAAGCCUUAAGUUACUUGAAACCUACACAUUUGCAACUCUUUGUCUCUGGAAUUGCAUUACGCUAAACUGGAAUCUCAGGCUGAAUAAAGAUUAUAUCAAGUUGAGCAAAAAGAUGACUUAACCAUUUCUUGAGCGCCUCUUAUGAAGUAGCUGUUUCUCCAAAGGAUAAGUGCACCCCCACUCUACAGACUCAAAACAAAAAUGAACCUGAAUUUUUUUUUUAAGUGUUACUUUUUCUUAGCCAACUGCCAUCAUCUUUUAUAGAGGAAUUUUUCACUAUGCAUUUGGUGGAUAUUUAUAAACACUGACCCCAUCCUCCUCCCUUUCAAUGAUCUAUCCAGGUCAGUCUUAUCAAUAAAAAAAAAAAAAAAAAAUUUGAUUUAAAUUUUGUGCACUAGACAUAUUACUUUCUUAUGUCAAAAAAUAAAAUAUUUAAAAAGCAUGUAUGCAGCAGUGGAACAUGGGCCUGUUCUUUGCAGCGAUUCCAACAUCCUCUGCCUGUCCUGGAAAGGCAGAGUCCCCAAAAGUGAGAAGGAGAAACCAGUGUGCAGGAGGCGGUACUAUGAGGAAGGCUGGUUGGCAACGGGCAAUGGCAGAGGAGUUGUAGGCGUCACUUUCACUUCCAGCCAUUGCAGGAGGGACCGGAACACCCCUCAGAGAAUCAACUUCAAUUUGAGGGGCCACAACAGUGAGGUUGUGCUGGUGAGAUGGAAUGAACCAUUCCAGAAAUUAGCAACCUGCGAUGCAGAUGGAGGAAUAUUUGUUUGGAUACAAUAUGAAGGCAGAUGGUCUGUGGAGCUCGUGAACGAUCGUGGGGCACAGGUAAGCGACUUUACAUGGAGCCAUGAUGGGACUCAAGCACUUAUCUCCUAUAGAGAUGGAUUUGUGCUGGUUGGUUCAGUCAGCGGACAAAGACACUGGUCUUCAGAAAUAAACUUGGAGAGUCAGAUCACCUGUGGCAUAUGGACUCCAGAUGACCAACAGGUACUGUUUGGCACUGCUGAUGGACAAGUUAUCGUCAUGGACUGCCAUGGGCGAAUGCUGGCCCACGUGCUCCUUCAUGAGUCAGAUGGCAUCCUCAACAUGUCCUGGAACUACCCCAGCUUCCUGGUGGAGGACAGCAGCGAGAGCGACACGGACUCCGACGACUAUUCCCCACCACAAGAUGGACCAGCUGCCUAUCCAGUCCCGGUGCAGAACACCAAGCCACUACUUACUGUCAGCUUCACGUCAGGAGACAUCAGUUUAAUGAACAAUUAUGAUGACUUGUCUCCUACUAUCAUCCGCUCAGGGUUGAAAGAUGUGGUGGUACAGUGGUGCACACAAGGAGACCUGCUUGCAGUAGCAGGCAUGGAGAAGCAGAACCAGCUGGUUGACCUCAGCAAUGGUUCCCUGCUGAAAAGCGCACUUGUCAAGUUCUACAACGUGCGUGGGGAGCAUAUCUACACUCUGGAGACACCUGUGCAGCGUCCCAUCAUCUCGAUCUGUUGGGGUCACAGGGAUUCCCGCCUGCUGAUGGCUUCUGGGCCCGCGCUGUACGUUGUCAGAGUGGAGCACAGGGUCUCCAGCCUGCAGCUGCUGUGCCAGCAGACCAUCGCCAGCUGCCUGCGGGAUGACAAGGACAUCAGCAAGCUGACCCUACCCCCUCGGCUCUGCUCGUACCUCACCACUGCCUUCAUACCAACAAUCAAGCCUCCAAUCCCAGACCCAAACAAUAUGAGAGAUUUUGUCAGCUACCCAACAGCUGGUAAUGAACGGCUUCACUGCACCAUGAAGCGGACGGAAGAUGACCCAGAGGUUGGUGGUCCAUGUUAUACACUGUACUUGGAAUACCUUGGGGGACUGGUGCCCAUCCUGAAAGGACGUCGUAUCAGCAAGCUGCGGCCGGAGUUUGUCAUCAUGGAUCCUAAAACAGAUGGAAAAGCAGAUGAAAUCUAUGGAAACAGCUUGAUUUCCACUGUGAUUGACAGCUGCAACUGCUCUGACUCCAGCGAUAUCGAACUCAGCGAUGACUGGGCAGCAAAGAAAUCUCCAAAAAUCAGUCGAGCUAGCAAAUCACCUAAACUCCCCAGCAGAAUCAAUAUAGAAGCUCGCAAAUCUCCAAAGAUGUCACGAGCUGCACAGGAGAUCUCAAGAUCACCAAGGUUACCAAUAAGGAAACCCUCUAUUGGUUCUCCAAGCCUGACACGAAGAGAGUUUCCUUUAGAAGAUAUUACUCAGCACAACUAUCUUGCUCAGGUCACAUCUAAUAUCUGGGGAACCAAAUUUAAAAUUGUGGGUUUGGCUGCUUUCCUACCAACUAACCUUGGUGCAGUAAUAUAUAAAACCAGUUUGCUGCAUCUGCAGCCCAGACAAAUGACAAUAUAUCUCCCAGAAGUGCGGAAGAUUUCAAUGGACUACAUUAACAUGCCUGUCUUUAAUCCAAACGUUUUCAGCGAAGACGAGGAUGAUUUACCAGUGCCCGGCGCCCCCGGCGCGCCCGCCAGCAGCCCGCCCUGCACCGUCAACAUCCCCAUCGCGCCCAUCCACAGCUCGGCGCAGGCCAUGUCGCCCACGCAGAGCAUCGGCCUGGUCCAGUCGCUGCUCGCCAACCAGAACGUGCAGCUGGAUGUGCUGGCAAACCCGCCGGCCGAGGCGGGGAGCGACGGGCCGGGGCCCUUCCCGGGGGCUCCGGGCCGCUUUCCCGGUCCCGGGGCGGGGGCGCUGGCCGUGGGCGAGCUGGGCCGCCCGGCCCCGCCGCCGCUCGCCCCGCCGCCCCCCGCGCCCCCCGCCAUCGCCCUGGCCGACCUGCGGGACCACGGCGACCGCGAGCAUGAGCCCCCGCCCAAGGCCAAGGCCCCGCGGCCGGGGCCGCCGCUGGUAGAAGGGGACGCCGUCAUCUUCGGGGCCGCUCAGGAGCUACAGCUGAACAAGAUGAACCCGCCGCCUCCCUACCCCGGCACCAUCCCCGCCGUGCCCGCCACCCCCCUGCCGCCCCCGCCCGGGCCCCCGCAGCCGCCCCUCGAUCUCUGCCUCAAGAAGGGCGAGUUCUCCCUCUACCCGGCGGGGCACUACCAGACGCCCCUGGGGUACGAGCGGAUAACGACGUUCGACAGCAGCGGGAAUGUGGAGGAGGUGUGCCGGCCUCGCACCAGGAUGCUCUGUGCCCAGAGCACCUACACCCUGCCGGGCCCCGGCAGCUCCGCCACCUUGCGCAUCACAGCUGCCGAGAAGAAGAUGCAGCAGCCCUGUGCCAGCGCCACCUUGAACCGGCUGACGGUCCCCCGUUACUCCAUCCCAGCCGGGGACCCGCCGCCCUACCCUGACAUUGCCAGCCAGCUGUCUCAGGGCAGAAGCAUGGCGCAGAGGCUGGACAGCAGUAUCAUUCAUGCUACUCUGCGCAGGAACAGCAGAGAGGCAGCCCUGAAAAUGGCUCAGCUGAUGGAUGGUCAGAGAGCCACCUUGCAACUUCCCCCUAAGGCCAAGAGCAACAUUGUGUCAGCACAGUACCAGCAGAGAGUGCCCACAGCCUUGUACACUUGCAGCCAAUGCAGCAGUGGCGCCACUGGCAGCAGCAGCAGUGCAAGCGCUGGUGGCGCGGGCAACAUCACUAGUGCCAAUGCUGGUAGCAGCACUUCCAGCAUUGGUGGCAUGAGACCAGAUCUGAGCACAGGGAGUGGCUCCCAACACAGCUCUGUCAUUGCUCACUCUGUCAGUACUUCACCUCUGGCCUCCCAGUCCUCCUACAGCUUGCUGAGCCCGCCUGACAAUUCCCGUGACCGAGCGGAUUAUAUCAACUCCGCUUUCACAGAGGAUGAGGCCCUUUCUCAGCACUGCCCAGUGGAGAAAUCAGUGCGGCACGUACCUGUGUCCUUGACAGAGGCUACCCUUAGUGUAAAACGGCCACCGCCGUACCAGUGGGAUCCUCUGGUGAGUGAAGAGAUAUGGGUUCCUCAGGAAAGGACAUCUCAGAGCUCAGUGCCCAACCCUCUAAAACCUCCUCCGCUCAUCAUUGGUCAAGCUCAACAUCUGGAUAUGUCUCGAGUGCCAUUUGUUUCCCCCAAGUCUCCAACCAGUCCCACUGCCACUUUUCAGACGAGUUAUGGGGUUGGAGUACCUUACCCAGGAAGCUACAGUGCCCCACCCCUUCAGGGAAUGCAGGCCCCCUGCUCCCCCAAAGAAGCUCUGGCCCCAACACAGUUUGCACAGCAGGAGCCCACAGUUGUGCUUCAGCCAGGUUAUUCAUCCAACCUCCCCUAUUGCCCUUUGCCGCCCAUGUACCCGGGAAGCAGCACUUGCUCUAGUUUACAGCUGCCACCGAUCGCCUUGCACCCGUGGAGCUCCUACAGCGCCUGCCCACCCGUACAGAACCCCCAGGGCACCUUGCCCCCCAAGCCGCUCCUCGUGGUGGAGAAGCCAGUGAUGUCUCCCCCGCCAGCAGAGCUGCAGGGCCACGUGGGCACAGAAGUAAUGGUGGAGACAGCAGACACUUUUCAGGAGGUGCUCUCCUUGACAGAAAGCCCUGUUCCUCAAAGGACAGACAAAUUUGGCAAGAAGAGCCGGAAACGCCUGGACAGUCGAGCCGAGGAAGGAAAUGUGCAGGCUAUCACUGAGGGCAAAGUCAAAAAGGAGGCAAGGACACUGACUGACUUCAAUUCACUGAUAGCCAGCCCUCGGCUGGGGAGGGAGAAGAAGAAGGUCAAGAGCCAAAAAGAUCAGCUUAAGUCCAAGAAACUAAACAAGACAAAUGAGUUUCAGGACAGUUCAGAGAGUGAGCCGGAGCUUUUUAUCAGCGGAGAUGAACUGAUGAACCAGAGCCAGGGCAGUAAAAAGGGUUGGAAAACUAAAAGGAGUUUGAGGACAGCCAGUGAGCUGGAUGAAUUCAAGUGCCGGAAGGCCAGUGAGAAGGAAGAUGGGCGACUGGGAAGCCAAGGCUUUGUGUAUGUGAUGGCCAACAAGCAGCCACUGUGGAACGAAGCAACGCAAGUCUACCAGCUGGACUUCGGAGGGCGGGUGACCCAGGAGUCGGCAAAAAACUUCCAGAUUGAGCUGGAAGGACGACAGGUGAUGCAGUUUGGAAGAAUUGAUGGCAAUGCUUACAUUUUGGACUUUCAGUAUCCAUUUUCUGCAGUGCAAGCCUUUGCUGUUGCUCUGGCUAAUGUGACUCAACGCCUCAAAUGAAAAAGCAGAGACUGGAGAGAGGAAAAUGUUAACCUUCUCAUAAAGUCCAAACCGGAAAAUGUCAGGGCAGCCUGCUUUAGGUGGGCAGAGAUGCCUGGGAGUUAAGAAGGCAGUAAAACUGGAAAAGUCUCUUGAUGCCCACCAGAAGGGCAUUAACUCUAAUCAGUCAUGGGGUGGAGGGUGGGGGGCUGUUUUCUGUUUGUUUGUUUGUUUGUUAGCUUGUUUGUUUUCUGGUUUCUUUUUCUUUUCAAGCAUUGUGCUGGGUCUCAGAAAGAGCGAAGGGUUGAGAACCAUUCAGUGUUACGUGGAAAAGUGUGGCUUUUGGCUUGUUGUGGUGGUUCUGCUGUGUGUGCUACAGUAGCUGAUGUAAGCUCAUGGGGGAAUUAAAACAGACUGCUCUUUUUGAUA